ACUUCUUUUGUUUAAGCUUUACAAAUGUACAAAUUAGGCAUUUCCUUUUGAUGUGGCUUUGAAUAUGUAAUUCGUGAAAAAUAUUAAGUACGUGCAAAUUUUCUAGUACCACAUAGUCUCAAGAUACUAGUGUUUCGAGCUUACAAUAAUUUAACACAGCACCAUUCGAGCACUCAUCCACCCAAGGAGAUCCAGUCGGCCGCAGGGACGGAAUGUGUGCCGUGUGUCCGCCAGCACCAUUAGAGCACUCGCCCACCCUAGGAGACCCGGUCGACCGCAGGGACGGAAUGUGUGCCGUGUGUCCGCCAGCACCAUUAGAGCACUCGCCCACCCUAGGAGACCCGGUCGACCGCAGGGACGGAAUGUGUGCCGUGUGUCCGCCAGCACCAUUAGAGCACUCGUUCACCCUAGGAGAUAGGGUCCGCCGUAGGGAUGGAAUGUUGGCCGUGUGUCUGCCAGCACCAUUAGAGCACUCAUCCACCCAAGGAGAUCCAGUCGGCCGCAGGGACGGAAUGUUGGCCGUGUGUCCGCCAGCACCAUUAGAGCACUCGCCCACCCGAGGAGACCCGGUCGGCCGCAGGGACGGAAUGUGUGCCGUGUGUCCGCCAGCACCAUUAGAGCACUCGCCCACCCUAGGAGACCCGGUCGACCGCAGGGACGGAAUGUGUGCCGUGUGUCCGCCAGCACCAUUAGAGCACUCGCCCACCCGAGGAGACCCGGUCGGCCGCAGGGACGGAAUGUGUGCCGUGUGUCCGCCAGCACCAUUAGAGCACUCGCCCACCCUAGGAGACCCGGUCGGCCGCAGGGACGGAAUGUGUGCCGUGUGUCCGCCAGCACCAUUAGAGCACUCGCCCACCCUAGGAGACCCGGUCGGCCGCAGGGACGGAAUGUGUGCCGUGUGUCCGCCAGCACCAUUAGAGCACUCGCCCACCCUAGGAGACCCGGUCGGCCGCAGGGACGGAAUGUGUGCCGUGUGUCCGCCAGCACCAUUAGAGCACUCGCCCACCCGAGGAGACCCGGUCGGCCGCAGGGACGGAAUGUGUGCCGUGUGUCCGCCAGCACCAUUAGAGCACUCGCCCACCCGAGGAGACCCGGUCGACCGCAGGGACGGAAUGUGUGCCGUGUGUCCGCCAGCACCAUUAGAGCACUCGCCCACCCUAGGAGACCCGGUCGGCCGCAGGGACGGAAUGUGUGCCGUGUGUCCGCCAGCACCAUUAGAGCACUCGCCCACCCGAGGAGACCCGGUCGGCCGCAGGGACGGAAUGUGUGCCGUGUGUCCGCCAGCACCAUUAGAGCACUCGCCCACCCGAGGAGACCCGGUCGACCGCAGGGACGGAAUGUGUGCCGUGUGUCCGCCAGCACCAUUAGAGCACUCGCCCACCCGAGGAGACCCGGUCGGCCGCAGGGACGGAAUGUGUGCCGUGUGUCCGCCAGCGCCCGGGCGGCAUGCAGACGCCCACGGACCUGCUGUCGGCCGUGGAGCUGGCCAUGGUGGUGCUGUACGUGUGGCACGUGGCCACGCAGCUGCUGGCGCUCGCCAUCUCGCUGCUGCGGCCGCUGGCGGUGCUCGUGGUGGCGGCCGCCUUCCUGCACUCGGAGAAGUCCGCGUGGCUGCUGUGCGACGUGCUGGCGUCGCGCCUCGUGCACGCCAAGAACUGGGCCAUGUCCGUGAGCGUGAGCGCGCGGCGCAGCGGCGACGUCGCCCUCCCGGCCUCCAGGGGGCGCAGUCCCUCGGCCGGCAGGGAACCGGCCCCCGCCGACACCUGAACACCCGCGCCCGCGCGGUCGUGACCGUCCCGUGCCUGUGCCUCCCGUCGUGCAGCUGUCGUGCCAAUAAAGCCCGUGCUCUCUUGGA